AUGUCUGAUACUUCCAGUAUUAACUCAGGAGCUCCCAACUCCCUUCAACUCAUCUCACCAAGCAAUCAAUUAGUCACAGUCAAAUUGGAUGAUCACAACUUUCUGGUUUGGAAGCAGCAGGUCCACAUGGCCAUACGAGGGUAUGGACUCGAUGGCUACAUUGAUGAAACCAACAAAGCUCCUGAGAAGUUUCUUCCUACAGUACCAGUCACCACCAACCCAGACUUCAUCACUUGGCAAAGGCAAGAUCAUCUCUUUGGUUCAUGGAUUCUCUCUUCACUGAGCAGCAACAUCUUGCCUUUGAUGGUUGGUCACAAUACCUCCAUGGAAAUAUGGACGGCCCUAGAGAAAAACUUCAGUAGCCAGUCUCUUGCAAGGGUCAUGCAGUACAAAAUAGAGAUCCAGGCCUUAAAGAAAGGAUCUUUGAGCAUGAAAGAGUACAUGAUGAAGACGAGGCCGCGCUAG